AGUAACAAGGAGCAGAAAUGAAAAAGACAAUUUUGCCCCUCAGCCACGGUGACCCUUGCUUCUGCUCUUGUAUCGUUACCGAAGACGUCGUACGUCGUCGACGUCCUCUCCUCCGGUAAGGGCAACUCUUACGGUCCCGGAGUUGGAAUUCUCCCCGCAAUACGGUAACGUUACCACCCAAAAUCUCGACCUGGGUUCUUCGAAUUUGAUCGUUAUCGAGUCAACGGCGAAUCAAAAUUGACCCGAUUUCAACUUUAAGUUUGACUACUUUAAGGCAAUACACGAUCUUCCUCCAUAUGUCUGAGAGUAGCUCUGCAGAUAUUAGGUGGAAUAUUAUUUACCUUUAGCUCUGGAGAUCUUCCUUCACUUCUUGCGGUUAGUGGUGAUGAGACAUUAGGUGGAAUAUUAUUAGCUUUAGGGUGAUUAUGAGUGGAGUUGUGUUGUGUUCUUCUAGCCUUCUCAUUGAAGUUUCCUCAUAAACUGAGCUUGUUUGCUGUGGCUUUGAUGACUCUGUUCUCUCAUGGGUUGUUGUGAUGUUGUUGCUGUGCGACUCAUUUGAUUAGCAGAAGAAUCAGUAGAUAGAUCAAACAUUCUGUUGUUCACACUAGGAGAGACUUUGCCAUUACGAAAUCCACCAGGGAAGAUCUCGUUAGGAGUCAUCUUAUGCUUAUAAUGUUCAGAAUCUGUUGGGGUCAUGCUCCUCAUCAUGUCACUGAAUGACCUGAAUGAUGCCACUGUAUCUGAUUUUCCAAAGCUUCGGUGUUCCGAAACAAAAGCAGGACCAGAACUGGUUUGAACAAUCUGCUGGUGGUGGUAAAUUCAGCUCUACUUGCUGAACAAUUUUCCUGUUUUGAGGGCUUGACAAAAUCUAGCGGAGAAGGAUUUUGAUAUUCAUGCUGGCUCAUAGAUUUUAGGUUUCCAACUUGAGUAGCAAGAAAAGAUGAUGGAAACAGAACCGGAAAAUUCAGACUCACACUCGAAUUUGGUAAUUAUAAGUUUUGGUAAUUCAAAAAGAAAAAAGGAAAAAAAAAAAAAAGAAGAUAAUAGAAAGGAGGAAACUGCGAUUACAAGAAGCCCUAGCAAGCGUACGUCUCCGUUUCCCAUUCAUUCUAUCGAAAGUUAGUUUUUUUUUUCUUCUGCGAAAUAUCGGAAAGAUGGUCCAAGUUCCCAAUGUGAAACAGAGGGAUAUCGUGGGAUAAAAGCCAUUGGUUGUACUCCCGCUAACGAAUCCAUAGCAAAGUUUGGACUCCAUUGCUACAAUUCUCACAAGGUAAUGAUACGAGAUAUGGUAUUACCUAUCAGAGGAGGAAGCUCAAAGCUUCUUGUUAGUCGGUUAUUAAGAUUUCCUUUUAGUGUUAGACUAAAGUUUUGGUAUUUUUACUUUUCUAAUGAGCAUAAGUCGGUGUAAGGAUUCUCUAUAUAAGGAGAUCCAAAGAUCAAUAAGAGGGGAUCUUCCAAACAAUUAACCUAAUUCUCUAGAAAGAGGCUUGGGUUAAGAGGAAGUUAAGCUUUCAAUUCUUUUGUUCUCUUUGUUCUUGAGCUAUAGCUAUGAGAGUUACUACUAGAGCUAGGGCUAAGGCUUUGGCUCAUAACAAUUUGGUAUCAUAGCCAACUUAUUCAAUGGGUGAGAACAAUCAGAUUGCGGAACACCUCGCAAAGUUGACGGAGCAGAUGGAGCGUAUGAAUACGAAGAUUGAUGAUGUUAAGAGAGACAUCUAUGAGAGACUUGACCCGAUGAGCGAGACUGUGGAAUCUCUCCAAAAGGCUAUAACCAUUCAACAAGCGGCGAUAGCCAACACAAUGGCUACUCAAGAAGAGCUACGGGAGCAGAACCUGGUCGUGGAAGAUUCAGUCCGAAAAGAACAAGGGGGGUCAAGGAGAGGCUUGGAGGGGCAGACAUCUCCACAACCUAUGUCGGGUGAUAAGCUGACUACAACCUUUCAGGAAGGGAAGGGAGAAGAAGGAGUCAGUUCAUCGUCCAAAAAGGUUGUUAACCAUGUCCAACAACAAACCUACUCUGCGGGAUCAUGGUCACGACGUACGGGAGGAGGAGAACGGGGCCACCGCAGGUCUGAUGGUGGAGGAGAUUGGAACGUGAGUCAGAUCGGGGGAGUGGCUACAGAUCAUUGUUAUGAUUCUCCGCAUGGAGAUACCGUGAAACAGAAGAACUGGGAAACAGAGGAGAAUUUGAGCCGAGGAAAGGCUUAGGAGAUAGGUCUGGUUCUGUUGGAUAUACGGUGGUUCCGUCCAAGAUAGAGUUCCCACCAUAUGAUGGCUCCACCAAUGCCAUGGAGUGGAUUCAAAAGUGUGAGGAUUACUUUGAGGACCAGAGGAUUUACAAUGAAGAUGCUAAGGUGAGGCAAGCGACUUUUGUGUUAACAGGACAAGCCUAUCAUUGGCAUCAAAACUUGCGAAGGUUGAUCCAACAUCGUCU